UCUGGUCUGGAGAUUUGCUAAACAUGCGCAACUCUACUCCAUCAAAAAUCAAUUCAAAUGUCUUCAUUAGAGUAGGUGCUUCUCAACUUUCAAUGAAAAGCAAAACCACAAGUAUUGUAGGCGUCGUGCUGGGUAUCGUUGGUGCACUCACCGUUGCCCUGGGUAUCUGUUCAGUUUUAAUUUGGCGGAGGCAUCAGCAGCGGUCGAUGGACAGGCCUGCAGAUUCCUCGGACUCUUUUCUGAGAAUGUUUAGUUACAAGGAGUUGAAAAUUGCAACAAGGAAUUUCAGGUCUAAGUUGGGGAGCGGAGGAUCCGGCUCAGUGUUCAAAGGAUCUCUACAAGACGGUACGCUUGUGGCCGUUAAAAAAAUGCAGGGGUCAAGGCAAGAUGAGAAACAAUUUCGGGCGGAAAUCAGUUCUCUGGGAAACAUACAACAUGUGAAUUUGGUCAGGCUGCGAGGGUUUUGUGCACAAGGAUCAAAACGGUUACUGAUUUAUGAUUACAUGCCCAACGGAUCUCUCAAUUCCCUCCUGUUCACAAGUAAUUCCACGAGUAAGAAAAAGGUACUCGACUGGAAGACCCGAUUUGAGAUUGCAUUAGGCACCGCCAGAGGGUUACUCUACCUCCACGAGGAAUGCAGAGGUUGCAUCAUUCACAGCGAUGUGAAGCCCGAAAACAUUCUGCUGGACGGUGAUUUAUCACCGAAGUUGGCCGACUUUGGGUUGGCAAAGCUUAUGGGUAGAGAUUUAAGCCGCGUUCUAACCACUACAAGAGGAACGAGAGGUUACUUGGCUCCAGAAUGGAUCUCUGGUCUUCCCAUCACUCCCAAAGUUGAUGUCUACAGUUUUGGUAUGACACUCUUGGAAAUUAUUUCUGGGCGAAGAAAUCUAGACUUAACCGUGCAAGAUUCAAGUUUGUAUUAUUUUCCCCCGUUUGCUGCAACUCAAAUUCAACAGGGGAAGACGAUUAAUAUUGUGGAGGAGGGUAUUGCAGAGGCGGCAGACAUGGAAGAGGUGGGAAGAUCAUGUGUUGUAGCAUUGUUAUGCAUUCAAGAGGAUGACGAAGUGAGGCCCAGUAUGAGACAAGUGGUGCAAAUGCUGGAAGGGAAGAUGGAGCCUCGAACUCCACAUGUUCCAAGCUCUCCUCUGACGGACAACGAUGGAGACCAAAGCAAUAGUAACAGCUAUAGUGACUGAAAUGUUACUAGUUAGAAUAAUGUAGAGGUAUGCUAUUUAAGCUUAAACUUUAGUUGCUAGGUAAAUUCAAUUUUGAGUAGUCAAUAAAUUUA